AUGCUCGCGCUGCAGGUGAUCCGCUGUGUUUUUCCCGAUGGGCGCGAUGAAGCAGGGCCCAUAGUUGAGCUCUGGUGUUUCCUGCAGACAUUGACCGGGGUAGUCCGCUUUGCGGCAUUGAACCUCAAGCUGGGAUGCCUCGAUCUUUUCGAAGUCUUCAUUGACGACGACGAGAAGGUGACACUGGGCGAGGCCACGCGUGUGCCAUUCGCUGCCAUAAAGGUGGCGGAUGCAGAUGGAAAUGUUGUCAGGAUCUCCAGCCAGUCUGGAAUGCUCGUGGAGAUGACCUUCGCGCAAGGCCCCGGCCCUGCAAGAGCAUGGGCUGACUUCAUUAACAAGGCCCGUAAGGCUGACACCUCCAGGUUGCCCCAAGAAGGAGCAGGACUUGGUCCUCAGCUGAGGGCUGCGGUUGCCAAGCAAGAAGAGCAGGUGCGCCUUUUGGAAGCUCUGGUGCAGCGCAAGGGCGAGCAGCAGCAACAGCUGCAGGCACAUCUCGAGGGGUUACUCGAAAGACUCGAUCUUGGUCGAGAGCUUUUUGCGGAGCAAGAGAAAGUGAUUCGCGUGCAGCAGGCCAAAGUUCACCGCCUGCAGGCAGCAAAGGCUGCGCUGGCUGUGGAGCUUGCGCCGGCCUUUGAUGUAGAGCCCUGCUUGCGAGAUGCCAACAGUCGUACACAGUGGGGUGACCUCGGCUGUAUCCCGGUCGUUGCAACAUCAGCAAUGCUUGAGAGAGAGCAUUUGCUCGCACUCACCAUGGACAGUCGGGUGGAGAUACCCAGCGCUUCGCAGCCGCUGCCGGAAGACCAGGAUCAAGGCGCCAGCAGAGGAAAGGGCGACGGGCGAAAUGCCCGGCAGAAGGCCAGUACUUCGCAACACAUUGCCAUGAAACGAGCUCUGAGUGGCCAGGGGGAGAGCAACAAUGGGGGCCAGCGAGGACAGAACCAGAGGUCGAAUCAAGGCGGGAACAGAAGGAAGCCAUCCUGGGCACGUGCCAAGGGCAACGGAAGAAGUGCCGCCGAGGAAAUCGUCGACGGCCUCGCAUGCUCGGAGAACCGCCGCGGGCUAGACUCCCUGAGCUGGGUGACGCACCAGGCCUUCAAAGUUUUCUCACAGCUUCUCGGCUUCACCUCGAUUUCACGAGCAGGUGCCAUGGAUCGGUGCGUCCUUUGCUGCGAGGCCAGCGACUCCUGA